GUCGCCAAGAGAGUGAAGUAAACAAAGUCGUGCCUGGAGUAAAACGAGUGGCCGUCCACAGGGAAUAAAGCGUCCAGGAUAAUAAUUCACCCUGGAGAUGUUAGCUGUUACUAUGGUCCCUCGCAGAUCGGAAAUGGUAAGCAGAGAUGGUGGGAGAACUUUGUCUCCUCUUUUAUGUAUGGUGCAAGCCCCAUUCCCAAAACUUAUCGUGACACCCAUGCCCUUGCUCUCCCUCUCCUUGCAUGUGUUUUUGACUGUGAGUUACUCCGAAUAUUGUUGCUCUUCUCGUCUGUGUGAAAUCAGAACAGAGAAUUAUCCAGUGAGGGCCAUAAGAAAAGCCGCGGAGAGUCAGAGUUGAAAAAGUGUCUUGGGAGCGACACAGAUGAGCUACUUUUGAAGAGCUAUUCUUGUGCCUGGCAGAAGGAAAUACUGGUCCAGGGAAGACUCUACAUCACAGCACACCACUUCUGCUUCUAUUCAUCCAUCCUCGGAUUUGAGACAAAGGUGACCUACAUACACACAGUUUCCCACACCCUUGUCUCCCAUCUCUCUCACUUUUGACCAAAUUUCCCACGCAUGAAUCUGGAAAGUAUAGCCGAGUUGGCCACAGUUUGUAAACCAACUGCAUACGUGCCUCAGCUGUCCUUAUAUAUAAUUUGCUUGUUGUGUACAACAGGUUAUUGUAUAUACAAACCAUAGCACGGCUCAGGCAAACCAUAGCAUGGCUUAUCCGCACCACAAAUUUGGCCAAAGUCCAGCCAACAGAAGCUAGUGUUAGACAGCUAAUAUCCAGUCCCCCAAUUCAAAUUCCGACAGCCCAAGGGUGUAGUUUGUUUACCCUCGCGACUACACCUUGCACGAACCCUAGAGCUCAUUAAUAGAGAGAGUGGUA